AUGGAUCCCCGUGGUAGAGGCCGAGGCCGAAAUCGAGGCCGAGGUCGAGGGAGACGGGCUGAACCCCUUCGUGAUCAAGGGGGCGAUAGAGUAUCGGAAGUGAACCAAAAUCGGGGACCCGAGGGCGGGGGCGGAGAUCAAAUGGCCACCGCUAUUAAUAGGAUAACCGAAGUGCUAGAACGUUUGACGGACCGUCAAGGUCCUGGACCAGUGCAUCAACAACGUGGUGGGCAGUUAGAUACUGAAGAUAGAGCCUUGGAGAGGUUCCUAAAGUUUGGGCUGCCCAAGUUUCAAGGUGGGCCAGAGCCUGAAAUAGCUGAGGGAUGGUGGGAGAGAAUAUCUGAUAUUUUUGCCACCUUGGAUUACACUGAGACGCGGAAGGUGACUUUUGCGUCAUUUCAAUUUGAGGGAACUGCACGGUCUUGGUGGAAUCUAAUUAAGGAUAAGUGGGAUAGAGACCGUACCCCUAGUACUUGGGCAAACUUCACCCGUGAGUUUAAUGCCAAAUUCCUUCCACCUCUAGUCCAAGAGAAAAGGGAGGACGACUUUAUUAAGUGCAAACAAGGGGCCAUGAGUGUAGCAGAGUAUGAGACCCACUUCACUAAACUAGCCCGAUAUGCCCCUGACCUGAUAGCCACUGAGCAGAGACGCAUUAGGAGAUUUGUGCAAGGGCUCAAUGUGGAGAUUCAAGAGGAGCUAGCAACUGCUCAAAUUAACACGUAUAGUGAUGCCGUAGAGAAAGCUCAGAGGUUUGAGACGGCUAGAGCCCAAUCUAAGUCAUUCUUUGCUAGGAAAAGGAAUGCCCCUAGUGGUAGCAGGGACCUAAUUUCUACAAGUGCCCCACCGCCUAAGAUGGGUAGAGGAACUGGGGUAGUGAAUAUCCCUCUUGCAUCGAGAGGUGCUUUAACAAGGGGUGCUGGAGCUAGAGGCUCUGGGGCGAGAGGAUCUGGAGUGAGAGAAAGUCAAAGUGGAAGGGGACCCCCUAGGAGUGCUCCACAAGGUGUACAAGUGUCAACCCCUCAGAUAACCUGUGGUUACUGUGGAAAAGCCAAUCAUACCGCAAAUGAGUGCUGGAGAAAGGAGGGCAAGUGCCUCAGGUGUGGGAGUGUUGAGCACCAAAUUGCUAAUUGUCCUAAGAUUUCCGAGAAUGGGGGAAGCCAAGGAGGUGCCACAAGUUCUAGGCAAACUGCCUCUGGAGGGAGUCGGCCAAAGGUCCCGGCCAGGGUUUAUGCCCUAGAUAGUCAACCUGUACCUGACCCUUCGGAGGUAGUCGAAGGUACACUUCCAAUCUUUCAUCGAUUAGCUAAGGUUUUAAUUGAUCCGGGUGCGACUCAUUCGUUUGUUAAUCCUGCUUUUAUGUGUGGAAUUAAUGUAAAGCCUGUACGAUUACCCUAUGAUUUGGAAGUUAGGACUCCUACAGGUAAUAAAAGCAUACUCACUAGUUUGGUGUAUAAGGAGUGUGAAUUUUGGGUUGGGGAACGAAAAAUGCUAGUUGACUUGGUGAGUUUGGACCUUAAGGGGUAUGAUGUGAUUAUAGGAAUGGACUUUUUGUCUUACCACCAUGCUAAGCUAGAUUGUAGAGCUAAAGUGGUGAAAUUUUGCAUCCCAGGUGAGGCCACUCUCAAGCUAGUUAUAAGGGGCAGAUUAGCUUCAUCUGCUUUGAUUUCAGGGAUUCGAGCUAGGAAAAUGCUUCACAAGGGAGCCCAGGGUUUCUUAGCUUUCUUAAUUAACGCCCCUAGUGACCAAGUGAAAUUAGAAGAUGUGCCAAUCGUGCGAGAUUUUCCCGAUGUCUUCCCGGAAGAAUUAACAUCUUUGCCACCUGAAAGGGAGAUAGAGUUUAAGAUUGACUUGGUUCCAGAAGUAGCCUCAAUUUCAAAGACUCCUUAUAGAAUGGCUCCUGCAAAGUUGAAAGAACUAAAGAUCCAGUUGCAGGACCUACUAGAAAGAGGUUUUAUUAAGGAAAGUGACUCACCGUGGGGAGCUCCAGUUUUGUUUGUAAAGAAAAAGGACGGGAGUUUGAGAUUGUGCAUUGACUAUCGAGGUUUGAAUGAGGUGACUAUUAAGAAUAAGUACCAUUUGCCCUUGAUUGAUGGAUUAUUUGACCAAUUGCAAGGAUCGGUGGUGUACUCUAAGUUAGAUUUGAGACAAGGGUACUAUCAAUUGAGGAUUAAAAAGGAAGACAUACCUAAAACUGCUUUUAAUUCUAGAUAUGAGCACUUUGAAUUUGCGGUAAUGCCCUUUGGGUUAACUAAUGCCCCAGCUGCUUUUAUGGAUCUAAUGCAGAGAAUCUUUAAACAAUAUCUGGACCAAUUUGUGGUGGUAUUUAUAGAUGAUAUUCUAGUAUAUUCUAAGACCCGAGAGGAUCAUGCCAAGCACUUGGAGAUAGUUUUACAAGUGUUGAGGGAACACAAGCUUUACGCUAAGUUUAGUAAGUGUGAAUUUUGGCUGGAAGAAAUUUCUUUUCUGGGUCAUAGAAUUUCUAAGAAUGGAAUCGCAGUGGAUCCAACUAAAGUGGAGGCAGUUAUUUUGUGA